AUGGGUAUUGCAUCUUAUAGACGAUUAAAAUCAAGAUCGUCGGAAGAUAAAAAUUCUCUUUCAUCUUCAUCAACUGAGCAAGAACAAUCAAAUGAAUCUUUACCUAAUGGUAUAAUACUUGUAUGGCUUGAUUCACCACCAUAUAAAUCUUUUUCAAAUAAUGAAAAAAAUAUUCUUCAUUAUUUACGUCAAUUGAAUGUAGCUUCGAUUCGAGUCUAUAAUGAUGUUAAUUUAUGUCUUGAUUUUUUAAAAUCUAUAUCAUCCGUUGAAAAUAUUCAAUCUUCAAAAAUCUUUCUUAUUCUAUCUGAUGAAUUUAAUUUAGAAAUUUUACCUGAAUUGAAAUCUUUAUCAAUAGUUAAUUCAAUUUUUAUUUUCUCUAUGGAUUCAACAAAAUAUGUAGAAUUAAUAAAAGAAUAUGAAUCAUUUAUUAUUAAUAUUUGUACGAAUAUUGAUGAUUUAUAUAAUUCUAUUAAUAAACAAAUUGAAGAACAUGAUGAAUUAAAAUUAGUUUUUCAUUUUUUUGCACAAAAACAAAAUACAACAAGAGAUUUAACAAAUGAUUCUGCUUCAUUUCUUUGGUUUCAAUUAUUUCAAAUAAUAAUAAAUGAUUUAAAAUGUACAGAAAAUGAUAUGAAUACAAUGCUUAAUUAUUGUUCAAAACAAUUACAAAAAGAUAGAAAUCCAACAAAAAGUUUAUUAGAAAUUGAAGAAUUUCGUCAAACUUAUACAAGUAAAGAUGCUAUUCAUUGGUAUACAAAAGAAUCAUUUGUUUAUCGUCUUCUUAAUAGAUCAUUACGUACUGAAGAUAUUGAAGCAUUAUAUAUAUUUAGAUUUUUUAUUGCUGAUUUAUGUCGACAAUUAAAAAUUGAAUAUGAAAAAUUACGUAGAAAACAAAAUCAAUCACCAAUUUUAACAGUUUAUCGUGGUGCACAAAUUUCACGUGAAGAAUUAGAUGAUUUAUUUAGAACAAUUGGAAAUUUAACAAGUUUAAAUGGAUUUGUUUCAACAAGUAUAAAUCAAUCUGUAGCUAUAGAAUUUUUACGAAAAAAAUCAUCAAGAACAGAAAAUCUUGAAAAAAUUUUAUUUAUUAUUGAAAUUGAUAUUCAAUCUGAUUAUAUUAUAUGUGCUUAUAUAAAAGAAUUAAGUGCAUUACAAGAUGAAGAAGAAGUUUUAUUUAAUAUAGGAACUGUUUUUUAUCUUGAUAAAAUUCUAUUAGAUUCUAAUGAAAAAAUUUGGAAUGUUUAUAUGAAAGCUACAGAAGCUGGUAUAAGUGCAAUACAUGAUUAUAUUGAAUUAAUUCAUCAAGAAUUAACAGAUACAAAUAUUUCAAUUAUAUUUGGACAACUUUUUCUUCAAAUGGGAAAAUAUAUUUUAGCACAAAAAUAUUUUCUUGAUUUACUUGAAUAUUCAAAAGAAAAUGAUCCAGAUUUACCUCGUAUACAUUAUCAUUUAGCUUUAACUUAUGCUUAUCAAUAUGAUUUGAUUCAAGCUGAAAAUCUUUUAAAACAAAUUUAUCAAUUUUAUAAAAUAAAUAAUACAAAUAAUCUUGAUCUUGCUCGUAUAGAAAAUGCACUUGGAUGGAUUCAUCAUCAUAAUGGUGAAUUAGAUGAAGCUAUUAUUCAUUAUCAAACAGCUCUUAAUCUUGCUCCAGAUCAAUUAGAUUUAAAUCAUUUAAUUAAUGCACAAACAUGUAGUCUUCUAGCUGAUUGUUAUCUUGAAAAAAAUCAAUUAGAUAAAGCUGAAUUAUUUAAUAAAAAAACAUUAGAAAUUGAACGUCUACAUUUACCUACUGAUCAUCCUCGAAUUGGUGUUACACUUAAUGAUAUAGGUGAUGUAUUUCGUAAACGAAAACAAAUGAAUAUAGCAUUGGAUUAUUAUCAACAAGCUGAAUCAAUUUUUCAUCGAAGUUUACCAAAAUAUCAUCCUUAUAUAGCGUAUUGUUGGUCAUGUAUGGCUUUUGUCUAUCUUUAUGAUGGAAAAAUAGAACAAGCUCAAGAAUAUCAUGAAAAAGCACUACAAAUUUAUCGACAUGUGUUACCAUCCGACCAUAUAAACAUAAAGAUAAGUGAAAAAAAUUCACAAUGUACAGAUUUUCAAAAAAUAAACGAUGCUUAUGUUAAAGUUUGUUCACAAGUUUAA